GUAACUGGGGAGGAAUAUGUUCGCAGCAGACCACCCUGCGUAACGGCAAGAAAUCCACCCUGAACACCGGUCUGGUCACCAUUCAGAACUACGGACAGUUUCUGCCUCCACGACACGUCCAGCAGACCUUCGCUCAUGAGCUCGGUCACAGCCUGGGAUCUCCGCACGAUGAGGGCUCAAACUGCGGUAACCUGGGCUCCAGCGGCGGUAAAGGCCGGUUCCUGAUGUUCCCUCACGCCACAGACGAGGUGCGUGAAAACAACGAGAAGUUCUCGCCCUGCAGCGUCAAACACAUCGCCAAGAUCCUGACGCUGAAGAAGGACGACUGCUUCGUGGUCAGUGAUCAGCCCAUCUGUGGAAACGAUUGUGGAGGAAGGCGAGGAGUGUGAUGUCGGUCACAACAACACAGACCUCUGCUGCUUCAGCGCCAAACAGCCUGAGGGGGUGCAGUGCCGCCUGAAGAAGGGGAGGGUCUGCAGCCCGAGUCAGGGCCUGUGCUGCGGUCAGGACUGUGAGCUGAGGCCUGAGGGUCAGACCUGUGACGAGGAGACGGACUGUCAGAAAGACGCUCUGUGUUCGGGUCUCUCCCCGUUCUGCCCCGAGCCCAGCAGCAAGGAGAACCUCACCGUGUGCAGCGAGGGCACCAGAGUGUGUGUGAACGGGGUCUGUGCCGAGUCAGUGUGUGUGAAGCACCGCCUGCAGCAGUGCGACUGUCCGGGAGACUCCAUGAAGGAGAAAUGCCACAUGUGCUGCCAGCAGCCCGGUAACUACUGCCUGUCCUCCACUGAGGAAUGUGUUUACCCUUUGUGUCCCAACACGUCAGCCUGUGUCAGUCUGUACUGAGGUCACACGACUGUUUUCCAUUAGAUGACCUCAAAACAAGAGACAACAUCUCACACGAUGGUUUGGGUACAGCGUGUGAGAUGUUUGUUAAAGGUCACCUAUUAU